AUGUUGGGCAAAGGAGGCAAGCGGAAGUUUGAUGAGCAUGAAGAUGGGCUGGAAGGCAAAAUCCUGUCUCCCUCCGACGGUCCGUCCAAGGUGUCGUACACCUUACAGCGCCAGACUAUCUUCAACAUUUCCCUCAUGAAGCUCUACCAGCAGCGGCCGCUCAGCGAGCCCAGCCUGCAGCGGACGGUGCUCAUCAACAACAUGCUGCGGCGCAUCCAGGAGGAGCUGCGGCGCGAGGGCAGCCUGCGGCCCGCGCCCGCCGCGCCCGCCGCGGCCCCCGCCCCGCCGGCCGGCCUGGGCGGCUGCCGGGAGGCGCCCCCGCCCGCCCCCGGCCCCGCGGCGCCCCCCGGGGCCCCCGCCCCGCUGGAGGCCUGCCUCACGCCGGCCUCGCUGCUGGAGGACGACGGCGGCGACCAGGACACGUUUUGCACUUCCCCGGCGGCGGCGGCCGUGCAGCCCGCGGCCCCCGCCAGGCUCCCGCCCCCGGCGCUCCCGCCGGAAAAGGACAGCUUCUCCUCCGCCCUGGACGAGAUCGAGGAGCUCUGCCCCACACCUACCUCCGCCCAGGCCGCCGACGGCUCCAAAGGGGGCGCCCCCCCGAAAGCCGACGGGCUGCUGCUCCCCGAGGCCCGCCCCGACGACCCCAAGCUGAUGGACUCCCUGCCUGGGAACUUCGAGGUCACCACGUCCACGGGCUUCCUCACGGACCUGACCCUGGACGACAUCCUGUUCGCCGACAUCGACACGUCCAUGUACGACUUCGACCCCUGCACCUCGGCCGCGGGCGCCGCCUCCAAGGUGGCCCCCGUGUCCGCCGACGACCUCCUCAAGACCCUGGCCCCCUACAGCAGCCAGCCCGUCGCCCCGAGCCAGCCUUUCAAAAUGGACCUCACGGAGCUGGACCACAUCAUGGAGGUGCUUGUGGGGUCCUAA